UCAUACCACUCCCUUUAUUUGAAAAAGCUUUGAGGAGAUCCACAAGCAUGUCGGCCGUUCGAAAUCUUGCCCUCUGGUUCGCGAUCGCAUGCCUCGUUGGGCUGGCCCACGCCCGCGAGCUCUCCUCCGUGGAACCCGCCAUUAGCUCGCUCGAGGCCCGGAUCGCCUCCAAUGGAGGGCUAGCGGACUGCUGGAACGCACUGCUGGAGCUGAAAUCAUGCAGCGACGAGAUCUUGCUCUUCUUCAUGAACGGCGAGUCGUACCUGGGAGUCGACUGCUGCCGCGCCAUCCAAGUCAUCACCCGCCAGUGCUGGACCACGAUGCUCCAAACCCUCGGCUUCACGCCCCAGGAGGGAGAUAUUCUCAGAGGAUAUUGCGAUGCCGAGACCGCUCCUCCUCCUGUCGCCGUGGUGUCGCUGCGUCACCACUCCACGACAUCUCCCUCUAUGGCCGACGCCGCACUCACGUUUGCCAGUCCGGCGGCGGACUAGCCUUCACUGGGCUUCCGUUUCCACGAGCGAUGUCGAGGGUCUUUCAAUAUUAGUUAUUUUGUUUGCUCUCAUCAUGUCUCGACGUUAAAAGUACAGCGUUGUCUACUGUUGUCAUGGCUUCAAUAAUUUAAAUACGAUCC